ACAGACAUCGAUCUUGCGUUUUAAAAGUAUCAUCAACAGUGUUUGUGUGUUUCCUACGAUUUCCCACGAGGCUUAACAUCUAUGGUGGCCCAUCGUUGCCAUAAGGAAAUUUUUUCAUUUUUUAAAAAAUAUUUCAAUUCAGUUUUAAAGUUAAAAUAAUUGAAAUUAAAAACGAAAUAAAACAUAAAUCAAACAUAAAGUAUAACUGAAAAAAAAAAUACAACUGAAACAAUACUCACAUUAGAACGCAAAAGAAAUUUUAAUUUAAAAAAGUCUGUGACCCAUACUUGCCAUUCGGUUACCGGACAAUUCUCCCACAAAAUAUAAACACAAACAAACAUGGCGUCCAGGCGAAUUCGUAACGACGCGUGGAAAGAUGAUGAAUCUUUAAAAAGUGCGCUAUGUUUACAUGUCGGGCAAAAUCUUACCAAAAGAAAUUUUGGAUUUUAUGGGAAAGAACUUUCCACAAUACGCUUGGAGUGCAAGAAGUCUUGACAGACGUUUGAGAUAUUUUAGCGUAUAUUAUAUUGACAAAACAGUAACAGUGAUACAGGUUCAAGAUGCUGUGCAACUAGUAUUGAAUGGACCUAGUGAGCUUUUGGGUUAUAGAACCAUGCACCAAAAAUUAAGACAAACACACGAUCUCCGUGUACCUAGAGCAAUGUAUGAAGCGGACCCCGCAGCUAUGGAAAAUCGUUGGCCAUGUACCAAAAAGAAAAAGGAAAAGGGAAACUUCGUAUCAGGCCUAAUUGGGUUUAUUCUUUAGACGGCCACGACAAACACAUGGGCUAUCAGAACAGUACGUAUCCAAUAGCAGUAUAUGGGUCGAUCGACACAUGCAGCCGUAAAAUCAUGUGGCUCAAAGUGUGGAGCAGUAACAGUAACCCUAAGCUGGUAGCCAGAUUUAGAACACUUCUUCGAAACAAAUGUAAUUGCAAAGUUUAUCAGAGUAGAUAAAGGUUCUGAAACUGGACAUAUGGCUGCAAUGCAUGCAUUCCUAAAUCAAAACGAUAUGGAAUAUCCUACGUCAUGUAUGGUCCGUCGACAUCA